AUGUAGCAAGGAUCAAGACUGAAAGAGGCUACCGAAGGAACAAUCUCACAGUUCACCAGCAAGAUAGGAGGACCUUUCAAGAUAGCCAAACCUGUAUUCUAAGAGAAAAGAUUAAAACUAUUUUCUGAGAUUUAUCAGCGUCAACAGGCUGAAUUGAAGUAGAUGCAAUAGACUCCAAUUAAAAUCACACUCAAGGAUGGCAAACAGAUCGAAGGUAAGAAAUGGGUAACAACUCCACUGUCCAUUGCCUUGGGGAUAAGCAAGAAAAUGGCUGAAAACAUGGUUGCUGCAAAGGUAGUCUAUGAAACUAUAUUUGAAAAAAGUUUCGUUGACGUUGACCAUGAAGAGACAUCUAGUCAAGCAUCCUCAACAAUACAUUAGAAACCUGAUUACUUGAUAUGGGACUUGACUAGACCUUUGGAAGGAGAUUGUAGUUUAGAAUUGUUAUCAUUUGAUGAUAAAAAUGGCCAAGAAGUUUUUUGGCAUUCCUCUGCUCAUAUUCUAGGAGCUGCUUUGGAAGAAAUCUAUGGAUGUCAUCUCUGUAUUGGUCCAGCAAUAGAAGGAGGAUUCUUUUAUGAUUGUUAUAUAGGUGAUAUUAAGGUUACAUAGAAUGAUUACGUGAAAAUUGAAAAGGCUGCAUAGGAUCUCGUUGCUGCAAAACAGGAGUUCUAGAGGGCCAUUUUGACUAAGGAAGAAUGUCUUGAGAUAUUUGGAAGUAAUCCUUUUAAACGAUAAUUGAUAACAAACAAAAUACCUGAUGGAUCUUUGACUACUGCCUAUAGAUGUGGUAAUUUGAUAGAUUUGUGUACUGGUCCCCAUUUACCUAAUACAAGUUAUGUGAAGGCAUUUUAAAUAACAAAAAAUUCAGCCGCAUAUUGGUUGGGUAAAAAUACUAAUGACGAUUUGCAAAGAGUUUAUGGGAUUACAUUUCCGAACAAGAAAUUAUUGGAUGAAUAUGUCAAAAUUUAAAAGGAACUCGCUCAAAGGGAUCACAGGAAUGUUGGAAAGAAACAAAACUUGUAUUUAUUCCAUCAAUUAUCUCCUGGUUCAGCCUUUUUCUACCCCAGUGGUGCUCACAUCUAUAACACAUUGAUGAAUUUUCUGAGAAGAUAAUAUUACAUUAGAGGAUAUUAGGAAGUCAUAUCUCCUAAUAUAUUUAAUGCUUAAUUAUGGAAGAUAAGUGGACAUUACGAUAAGUAUAAGGAGAAUCUCUUCUUUAUCAAUAUGGGAGAAGAAGGAGAGUAUGGGUUAAAGCCUAUGAAUUGUCCUGGACAUUGUUUAAUGUUUGAUAUGGUCUAGCAUAGCUAUAGAGAUUUGCCAAUUAGAUUUGCAGAUUUUGGAGUUCUACAUAGAAAUGAGGUGCAUGGUGCAUUGACUGGUUUAACUAGAGUGCGUAGAUUCUAAUAGGAUGAUGCUCACAUCUUUUGUAGAAUGGAUCAAAUUUAGGAUGAAAUUAAGAAUUGUCUAGACUUUUUGAGUUACAUAUACUCGCUGUUUGGAUUUGAAUUCAAAUUGUAUUUAAGUACACGUCCUGAGAAGUUUUUGGGUACCAAAGAUGUGUGGGACAAUGCUGAAUAUUAAUUAGAGUAGGGAUUGAAGAAGUUUGGAAAGCAUUUUGAAAUAAAUCCAGGAGAUGGUGCAUUUUAUGGACCAAAAAUAGAUGUCAAAUUAUACGAUGCCUAUAAAAGAGAACAUUAAUGUGGAACAAUUUAACUAGAUUUCAAUUUGCCUGAAAGAUUCAACUUACAAUUUAGAGCAAGUGAGGAUGUUCAUGAAGUGUAAUAGGACAAGGAAACAGUGCACAAUGAAUAAAUAUAGGUGGCCUAAGAAAUAAUUGAUAUUCAUCGUAAGGAAUCUCAUUAAUCAGAUCAAGCAGAGGGUGAUGUACUAAGUACUCCUCCUCGCCAUCUUCAAGAAUAGAGUGAAUAGCCAGGAGAAUUGAAGGUUUAAUCUACUCAUUCAUUAUAAUCAGAUAAGGUAUUAGAGUAAUAGUAAUAACAAUAUUAAUAAUUGUAACUGUAAUAACACUCGCAUUCAGCCUCUAGUUUAUUGCAUAAGAAGUAAAAGUUGCCUGAAGAACUUUUGGAGUCUGGAUCUAGUUAAGCAUUGUCAAAUCACGAAUUACACAAAGUGUUACAUGAGAAGAAAUAUGAAUUGGGUUACCAUCAUUUAAAACCAGGUUUUGCGAGACCUGUCAUUAUUCAUAGAGCCAUUUUAGGUUCAUUGGAAAGGAUGAUAGCAGUCUUAACAGAAUAAUGUGGUGGUAAAUGGCCAUUUUGGUUGUCUCCAAAACAAUUGAUUCUAUGUCCAGUGUCUGCCUAUUAUAGGGAUGUUGCAGAAAAGAUCUCAGCUAGAUUGAGAUUGGAAGGUUAUACUGUGAAUACUGAUGAAUCAGAUCAAACUUUGGCUAAGAAAGUGAGAAAUGCUUAAGUCCAAUAUUAUAAUUUUGUUGGAGUUAUUGGAGAGGAGGAAGUGCGUACUGGAGUCAUUGAUAUUAGAGAUUGCGAAAAAAAUACUAGAAUUGGUAAAUUAACAAUUCCAUAAUUGUGUAAAUUUUUUGAAUCUUUAAAACCUCCUAAGUCCAAAGUUGAAAUGGAAAUCCAUGAACAUGAUGAUACUCAUCUUAAAUUGAACGACGAAUUAUAAGAUAAGGUAUUUCUUGAUGGAGAUGGUUUCGUUGUUGGGCCCAGGGAUUAUGAAUAGUUCCCAAAAGUCAAAGAGAUAGACCCAGCCUUAUAAAAUUUAAUUAGAUGGCAGAAACAUAUGACCUUUCUAAUUAAAUAGGAUUAACAAAAAUUAUAAUAAUAAGAAUGA